AUGAUAGUUAUAUGGUAUUUCUCACAACCCUUGAAAGAAUUGUUAGACGAUAUAAUGACGAAGUUUUGGCCUUACGAUUUGAUUGAGGGAACUACGAGCGAAAAGCUUAAAAAAUUCUAUUUUACUAUGAUGGUAAUUAUGGUACCGUUGUUAAGUAUUGGUAUACUUUGGGUUACGGGAUUUCUACUACCGCCUCUUUUUAUGGAAGGAAGAAUAUUACCAUAUCCUGUACAGUGUAACUUCAAAAUUAUGACUGUAUGGUAUUUCUCACAAACCUUGAAAGAUUUCUUAGACGAUAUAAUGACGAAGUUUUGGCCUUACGAUUUGGUUGAAGGAACCACGAGCGAAAGGCUUAAAAAAUUCUAUUUUACUAUAAUGGCAAUUUUAGUACCGUUGAUAGCACUUGAAUUCGGCAUAUCUGUGUUACACGCUAGAAUUCGAUUAUUUGAAUGCAUCCUACACUUAGCAGAUAAACUUAAAGUGAAAAUAUAUAGGGGAAGAAAAUCGAAAGAGGAGAAAGACCUAGAAGAUCAAACCAAAAUAGAGAUACAAACAAGGUUCCGCACUGAAACAGGUUUACUAAUAGAUAUGCCUAAAUCUAAUUUCGGGAAUACAAAUGAUGGAAAUACUAGCAGAAGGUUCUUUGAGAAUCCCACAUUAGCUGCAGAAAUAACUGACAUUAGCUAUGAACUGAUAUACAGACUAAAAGUCAUAUUAGAAGCAAUUUCAAGCGGAUUUGAAAUUGAUCCGGUAAAUUAUGAAACUGCUCGACUUUAUGUUAAGUUGUAUGAUUGGCAUCCUAUGACGCCAACAAUGCACAGGAUUUUAGUGCAUGAUGCAGUCAUUAUUGAAAAGGCAUUGUUACCAAUCGGACAGAUUUUCGAGGAAGAAGAUGUGGCUUGCAAUAAACAUUUCAGAAGUUACCGACAAGAUUUUGCGAGGAAAUUUUCCAGGGAAAGUUUUAAUCAGGACAUUUUUAAUCGCCUUCUGCUUAGUCCAGAUCCUUUUCCUAGGAAGCCUCAGCCAUCAACAUCUCCAAGUAUUAUUACCCUUUCCAGUAUUUUUAUCCCUCAUAAAGUCGUGGCCUUAAAACCUGUUAAUAUACACGAAAAGUUGGUAAUCCCCAGAUUAAAACAAUAUACAUCUGUGGAAGUUUUGACCUCAAAUGAAGUGCUGAAACGACUAAGAGAAGCAGAGCAGAAAAAGAAAACCAACACGAAAAAAAAUAUUAAAAAUAAGGAGACAAACCAAAAAACAAGAAAACAGCAAGAAGAAUUGACAUAA